GCACUCUGCUGACAUCAUGGUUGAGCGUCUUAUCAGCGUGUGUUACAAGGAGGUUUAACUGAACAGUGUACAGUGGAAAAAUGGCGAGUUGGUGUGUACGAGCAGUGAGACAAAGCUACUCACUCGUAGCUUCACCUGGACUAAUAAGAGCGUGUCCACGUUUGUUGUGUACUGCCACCCAGCAGAAGAAUGGCCACAGGUCAGAGGAGGAGACAGAAAAGCCAGAGCAGAGUGCAGCAGAGAAAGCCCUAAUGGAGGAGAAGACCCAGCUGGAGGAGCAGCUCAAGGACAUGACAGAAAAGUACAAGCGGGCCUUGGCAGACACGGAGAACCUCAGGACAAGGAGUCAGAAGAUGAUAGAGGAUGCUAAAUUAUACGGGAUCCAGGGCUUCUGUAAGGACCUGCUGGAGGUGGCCGACAUCUUGGAGAAGGCGACAGAAAGCGUGCCCAAGGAGGAGGUGACGAGCCAGAACCCCCAUCUGAAGAACCUGUAUGACGGCCUGGUGAUGACUGAGGUGCAAAUCCAGAAGGUGUUCACUAAGCACGGGCUGGUCAAGCUCAACCCCGAUGGUCAGAAGUUCGACCCCUACGAGCACGAGGCUCUCUUCCACGCCCCCAUGGAGGGCAAAGAGCCCGGCAGUGUCGCUGUAGUAACCAAAGUGGGCUACAAGCUUCAUGGUCGCACCCUCAGGCCGGCGUUGGUGGGUGUGGCCAAGGCCCCCUAGAAAUUGUGUGACUGUGACAAAGUGGAAUUUGUUUUGUUGCCUGAGCGAUGGAUGACUUUAGGUAGAGCAUACUGGUGCCCUACCACCCUUUUGUGCCUCAAAGAGAGAGGAGGCCAGCUGAACUUUGUACCUGGACAAUAUCCACUUCAACCACAACAAUACAUUACACUUUGUCUGGCAUAGGACUGUCUUUAGAGUAACGUUUCAGUUUGCCAUCCAUGAGUCAUGAGUCACCUCAGAGUCAGUUACUGUUAGAUGCUAUCAGAUCACAGGCUUUAUGUCACCUCCUACAGCCAUCAAUCCUAACUGGAAAAAAUGAUAUUUCACUUUAAGUUUAACAGACUAUCAUAGACUCUUUCAGGUUUUUUUGAGUGAGCUAUGAUGUAAAAUCCUGAACUGCUAGUAUCAUUCCAGACUUUUAUUUAAAGCACCAAUAAUUCUGAAUUGAGUCAUCAGUUCUGUUUUUGUUUGUUUGAAAUGUAUUAUGUGAAUAAAUAAAGGCGUGCUACUUUAGGAUCUGAAGGUUUGAGAUGUUACUCUGUACUAGGGUCAUUUUAACAUCCCUAUGCCACAAUUCAGUGAUGUAACAGUUUUAUUUGUUAAUCAUUAGACUAACUAUGUCUAUGGGCCAUUGUCCAAACUGGCACAGCAUCCGAAUAAACUGAUCUACUUUGA